AAUACCCAAAACCCUAUCCUUAAAUAAAAUUUUCGCUACCGUUAUAAUAGCCACCUCCACAUUUCUUCCCCCAAAACCCUCGAUUUUCCGGUAACAGAGGGAGACGAGAAAGGGGAAACAACAAUGGUGUCUUUGAAGCUUCAGAAGCGGCUUGCCGCUAGCGUCCUCAAGUGUGGUCGUGGCAAGGUCUGGUUGGACCCUAAUGAAAUUAAUGAAAUCUCCAUGGCCAAUUCCAGGCAGAACGUUAGGAAACUGGUGAAGGACGGUUUUAUCAUCAGGAAGCCUACAAAGAUUCACUCCCGUUCGCGUGCACGUAGGAUGAAGGAUGCCAAGAGAAAGGGCCGACACUCUGGAUACGGUAAGAGGAAGGGUACGAGAGAGGCAAGGUUGCCGACAAAGAUCCUUUGGAUGAGGAGAAUGCGUGUACUGAGGCGAUUGCUUCGUAAGUAUAGGGAAUCCAAGAAGAUCGACAAGCAUAUGUACCAUGACAUGUACAUGAAAGUUAAGGGUAACGUGUUUAAGAACAAACGUGUCUUGAUGGAAAGUAUUCACAAGUCCAAAGCCGAAAAAGCGAGAGAAAAGACUCUAUCCGACCAGUUCGAGGCCAAGCGUGCUAAGAACAAGGCAAGCAGGGAAAGAAAGAUGGCCAGAAGAGAGGAACGCCUUGCACAGGGACCCGUUGAGAAGACCGCACCUGCAGCUGCAAACCAACAGGCCGAGAUGGUUAAGAAGGUGAAGGCGAAGAAGUGAAUGAAAUAGCGAAAAUCAGUAAACUUCAUGUCUUAAUCCCUUUUAUUUUUCUCUGUAGCAGUUUGUGUGCAAAACUCAGUUUUCAUUCAUGUUAAAAUUUUGAGUCAAUACAUUACAGAAUUUUGGAAACCUCAGAGCUGUUAUAUUAAAAUGAAGAUUUUUGUGGGAUUUGUGUUAUAUUAAAA